CCCCAGGAUUCCUAAAGGUGACCCGCUCUGGCCCCUUUCCGGUAAGCUCCGCGAACAGCUGGCGAGCGGGGCGGGACCACGUACGCCUUCAAAGGAAGCGACGGGGUAUGGCAGGACUCAAGAGAGAUGCGCUCGCGCGCUCUCUCACUGCUGGUCCUGCCCACCCAGGAGCCCGCCCAUUUUGCGCCGACUCGGGUCAAGCACGACGUGCAGUCCCGUGAACAGGUCUCGCGCGACCAAGUCCGCCAUAGCCGUUUCGGAGCUCUGGACUGUAAAAUGGCAGAGGAACGUUCUCCAGUAGAGGCGGCAAGUCAGGUGUGCACCUUUCUCUUCAGAAAGUUUGGUGGGCAAAAAGGGGCUGCAGGCCGCAGGAAGCGCCCCUGCAACCAAGAGCCCGACGACUGCAGCAGCAGCAGUAGUGACGAAGGCAGCACUGUGUUCCGCCCAAAAAAGAAGCGCGCGGCCCACAAUCCGAUGAUACAGAAAACCUGUGGCAGUGGUAAACAGAAGGCGCCUUACAAUGACUUGAAUAGUGAGGAGGAGGAAGAGAACCACCCGGAGAGUGUCGGCGUGGUCUACAAGUCCACCCGCUCGGCGAAACCCGUGGGGCCAGAGGACAUGGGGGCGACUGCUGUCUACGAGCUAGACACAGAGAAGGAGCGCGAUGCACAAGCCAUCUUUGAGCGCAGCCAGAAGAUCCAGGAGGAGCUGAGAGGCAAGGAAGAUGACAAGAUCUACCGGGGAAUCAAUAAUUAUCAGAAAUACAUGAAGCCCAAAGAUACGUCAAUGGGCAAUGCUUCCUCUGGGAUGGUGAGGAAGGGCCCCAUCCGAGCUCCCGAGCAUCUGCGUGCCACCGUGCGCUGGGAUUACCAGCCCGACAUUUGCAAAGACUACAAGGAGACUGGUUUUUGUGGCUUUGGAGACAGCUGCAAAUUCCUCCAUGAUCGCUCAGAUUACAAGCAUGGGUGGCAGAUUGAACGUGAGCUUGAUGAAGGUCGCUAUGGUGUCUAUGAGGACGGAAACUAUGAAGUGGGAAGUGAUGAGGAGGAAAUACCAUUCAAGUGUUUCAUCUGUCGCCAGACCUUCCAAAACCCGGUUGUCACCAAGUGCAGGCAUUAUUUCUGUGAGAGCUGUGCACUGCAGCAUUUCCGCACCACCCCGCGCUGCUAUGUCUGUGACCAGCAGACCAAUGGCGUCUUCAAUCCAGCAAAAGAACUGAUUGCUAAACUGGAGAAGCAUCGAGCUACAGAAGAUAGUGUUGCUUCCAAUUUCCCAUUAGAUACUGAUAAUGGUCCAAUUUCCAUUCCUUAGUUUUCCCAUCCCCAAAUCUCAAAAUAAAUGUUUUGUUGUUUUAGAAAUCUUAAC